AUUUAAGUUAUUAAAUAUAGUUUAUAUAAGUUGAUUCUGUAUCAUAGCUAUCGGAUCUAUAUUUAGAAUAUGGCAGAUCUCGUGUAUCACGUGAUCAAAUAGACCAAUCAGUAUUAAGCUGUAUAGCAUCACUGCAUCAGUUUUGAAGUUCUUCUGUGGCUAAACAAAUUUCUUAGAUUCCUUCGGAAUAUUAUUCAAGGAUUUAUCACUUGUGCAUAUUUAUUUGUGUUCAUUGAACUUACGGUAUAUACACCAAACUGCGAAUUUGAACCUCGACAUGUGAAUGUGAGCGUGGGUGUUGAUACGGACACGCUCUAUUUGCAGUUUCCUUCAGAUUCUAGGAUAUUGUUUCUGUUUAUAUCGCUAAUAUUCAGUGUAACAUUACUGUGAUUAGUACCUUCGUUACAGUUAAACUUCGAAUGUGAACAGUGACAGGCUAAUGUGCGCAUGCUUUGUUUAAAUUGUCACGCUCCAGUUACCGAGUUUAUUACAAUCUUUAUGUGAUUACUGUGACUAAGCUACGCGUCAUAUCUUCUAAAAUGCCAGGAAGGAAACGAAAACAAAACGCUACAACAGCGCCAGUUAGGCAGAGACAAGUCAGACCCCGUCACGAAAACAAUUCGCGAUGGAAUUUGAACGAGCCUGAAAAUUGGUCUACUUCAGAAUUGUUUAAUAAACUGAGAGAAGCCAAUAUAAUCUUGCCAUCAAAUUUGAAGAAAGCUCAACUCGUGCAAAUAUUUAAGGACAAUGUUCUGAAUAAAGACAGAAGUGACUCAACGGACGAUUCAAGGGAAAUUCAGGUUCAGGACCGAGAGGUAAAUGUUCAAUAUGGCGAAUUGAAUUUACUUCCGGCAUCUUCAAUCAACAAUCCCGAGAACGAGGCUGGGCGGAUGUCAACAAAUGAUCCAUUCCUUAGGCACCAAGACGAGGCUGGGCGGAAGCAGGUAGAACUGUCAAAUGCUGUCCAAAACAUACAACGAUCAGUUGAGCAUCUCGCAAAUGAGAUUAGCACACUCAAGCGCCGCGGCGUUUCCAACCAGGACAAUGAGCCCUCAGGAUCAGGAAAUUUCACAAUUGACGCACCUACGCCAAGAAUAUCUUCCGACUCCGUCCCUCAUAUAGAAACGGUAUCGUCAAAUCUGCGAAACCAGAUCAUGCAAGGUGACCAAAUUCCGACAGGCUGCCCCUCAAGCAGAAAAGAACCCAGUUAUGAUUCCUGCAAUGCAAGAACUCGUACUAUAUUAGAGGAAGAAGCUGAAAGAUUGUGUGAAAAUUCUUUGAGUGAAAGCACAAAAAGCACAUACAGACAUGGUUAUAAGAUCUUUUGUCAAUUUCUAUCAUCUAUUGGAAUAGCAGCAACCGACUACAAGCCAACACCCAUUUCAGAACAAACUCUCAUCCUAUUUGUCACCCACUGCAACAAGGCAUUAGGACUUGGAUACAGCACUAUCAAACUAUAUUUGGCUGCAGUUAGAUUUUAUUAUGUCAAGGCAGGCAUCCACAACCCAAUGUCCUCUUCCUAUAUAGACUGCUGCGCAAAACUUCAUAUGGUUUUACGAGGGAUUAAGAAACACAAUCAUCAAAAAGAGAGACGAAGACCAAUUACAUACAAAAUUUUACUUCAAAUUCAUACCAUCUUGCAAAGAGGAAUGUAUGGAAAAUUUCUUGAUUCUAUGUUGAAGGCAGCAUUUUCUCCGGCCUUCUUUGCGUUCCUUAGGUGUGGUGAAUUCACAGUUAAAAAUUUUAAACAAAACAACAUUUUAAAUAUGGAAGAUGUGAUCAAGGACAGUGAUGAUAAGGGAUUUACGCUUAAAUUGAAGAGUUCCAAAACCGAUCCAUUCCGUAAAGGAAUCCAAAUUCGUGUAUUCAAAUCUGGCCAAGCUGUAUGUCCAUUUACAUGUAUGAACAAAUAUCUCGAAAUGCGUAAAAUUUGGAACAAUGGAUACAGAUCAUCAGCUUUAUUCAUUGACGAUAGUGGCAACCCGUUAACAAGAAAUUUCUUGGUGAACAAAUUAAAAUGUAUCCUUCAAAUGUUAGGUUACAAUGACGAGCAGUACAAUGGGCAUUCCUUCAGGAUUGGGGCAGCAACAUCUGCUGCAGAAGGCCAAGUGCAGGACCAUAUGAUUAAAACACUAGGACGGUGGAGUUCAGAUUGUUAUAAUAGAUAUGUAAGAACUGAUGAUGACACUCUAUCGCGAGCGCAACGAGCUAUGUGCCACAACUGAUGUUCUAUAACUGUGAUAGUACCAGUGAAAAAAUUCGGAGACAGUGAUCAAAUGACAUUUCAUUCGUGUGUUUGCUAUGUACGGAUAUAUGAUAAUAAUGUGACGCUUGUACCAGCUGUAUAUAAUGUAUGCUUCAUCUUAAACCUUUAGACUAGUUGAAGCGCAAGUUGCGCUUUAUGAUGUACAUAUGUUAUCUUUGUUUUGUACACAGUAACGAUGUAGUUUUCAUUAGAAUAGUUAGUUUCACGUUUUUUUUUUAUCAGAUUAAGGUGGAGGUUUAGCAACGAUAUAUUACUUCCUUUUGGGGCUCUCAGCUAUUCCCAGUAGGUGCAGGCUUAACUGGCAAUAUCUUCGUUUGGGCAUAACACAUUGAAACAAUUUCAAUGUUCUACCCCAAAAGAAAUAGUUUAGGAAACACAAACCAUCAGCAUUUUACACAUGCAUGUUUACAUAGCUAUAAUGACCAUUUACAUAUUACUGGGCCAUCGGCCACUUAAAAAUUACAGGGCCAUCGGCCACUUACAUAUUACAGGGCCAUCGGCCACUUACAUAUUACAGGGCCAUCGGCCACUUAUACUCAAGGCCAUCGGCCUCUCACCAUUACAUGCAUGGCCAUCGGCUAUGCUCUUAGCAAGCAUUUCAGCUUAAGUUUUCAACUUGACUGAUGUUGUUUUAAUUUGAGAUGUAUGUUAGAGUUGAUAUCUAUCUUGGAUGUUAAAAAUCAUGCAUGUGUUUUUGAUGUAUCUUGUUAUUCUGUAAUCCGCUGAGUAGUACCCAAAAGGCAAAGUUUGAAUAAAAUAUAGUAACUUUUCAUCUGUGUUAUUUAUAUAAAUUGUUAUUUAAGUUAUUAAAUAUAGUUUAUAUAAGUUGAUUCUGUAUCAUAGCUAUCGGAUCUAUAUUUAGAAUAUGGCAGAUCUCGUGUAUCACGUGAUCAAAUAGACCAAUCAGUAUUAAGCUGUAUAGCAUCACUGCAUCAGUUUUGAAGUUCUUCUGUGGCUAAACAAACCUCCAUCCACCCCGCCACCACCUUAAUCUGAUCUUGGGUAAAUUACUCAACAAUUCAUAGGGCAUUACACAUUGAAACAAUCUCGGGCAUAACACAUUGAAACAAUUUCAAUGUGGGGCAUAACACAUUGAAACAAUUUCAAUGUUCUACCCCAAAAGAAAUAGUUUAGGAAACACAAACCAUCAGCAUUUUACACAUGCAUGUUUACAUAGCUAUAAUGACCAUUUACAUAUUACUGGGCCAUCGGCCACUUAAAAAUUACAGGGCCAUCGGCCACUUACAUAUUACAGGGCCAUCGGCCACUUACAUAUUACAGGGCCAUCGGCCACUUAUACUCAAGGCCAUCGGCCUCUCACCAUUACAUGCAUGGCCAUCGGCUAUGCUCUUAGCAAGCAUUUCAGCUUAAGUUUUCAACUUGACUGAUGUUGUUUUAAUUUGAGAUGUAUGUUAGAGUUGAUAUCUAUCUUGGAUGUUAAAAAUCAUGCAUGUGUUUUUGAUGUAUCUUGUUAUUCUGUAAUCCGCUGAGUAGUACCCAAAAGGCAAAGUUUGAAUAAAAUAUAGUAACUUUUCA